GCCUGAUCGAGCUGGUCACCUCUCAGCGGCCCUGCCCUGACUCCCUGUACGCCUGCCUGUACCAGUGGGCGGGCGAGGCGGCCGCCUUCUCGGCCGGUUGGCUGUCCCUGCUCCACCAGGGCGCCGCGGUGGCCUGCGUCGCGCGCCUCCAAAGCAGCACCAUCGACUCGCUGAGCGGCGGGGCCCUGGGCCGGGCCUGGCAGGCGCUCGGCUCCUACGACCCCGUGGCCCUAGCCCUGGGCCUGACGGCGGCGUCCCUGGCCGCGGCGCCGAGGCUCCUGUCCGCCCGGGAGCCCACCUGGCUCGGCCUGCUGCUCAUCGGCGUGUCCGUGCUGGCAGCGCUCUUCUUCGUCGCCAUGGGGUCGGUCGGGGCCACCGCGGCUCCCGGCAACUACUGGAGCCUGGCUAUGCUGGUCAUGAGUGACAGCGCACCCACGGGGCUCCUGUCCGGCGCAGCCCUGUGCAUGUACGCCUUCAUCGGCCCGCACACGGCUCUGCGCCGCGCUCCGGAGAGCCCUCGGCCGUCCCGGGACCUGCCGCUGGCCGUGGGUCUGAGCACGGCGCUCACCUUUCUCCUCACCUUCGCCAUGGCCGUGGUGGUGACGCUCCAGGCGCGACAGGACGCGCCCAGGCCGCUGGCCGCCAUGUUGGCCUCCUGCUCGGCGGACUGGGCCGGAACAGCGAUGGCGGCCGCUUCCCUCGUCGCCUUGGCGGGACUCACCGUCUACGGCCUGCUACCCCUGGGCGGUGCAGUCCGCUCCCUCGCCGCCGACGGUCUGCUCUUCCGGAGCCUCGCCAAGGUGUCCUCGAGCACGGGUACCCCCGUGGGAUCCAUCCUUGCCGCCGGAGCCCUGGCAUCCCUGGCCGCCCUUGUCAUUCCCGUACGCCGUCUGCUGGGCCUAAUGGCGGCCGGCCCGCUCGUCCUCAACGCAGCCGUCUGCAUCGCCGUCCUACUGGCUCGCUACCAUCCGCCCAGCCGGACAGCGUACGACCUCCUCCGCGACGAACCACCGCCAGAGUCCCCGUCCAAGGAAGACGCCAGUUCCGAGCCGACCGCAACGUCUUCGUCAUCCGAGGACGAAGAGGAAGAAGAGGAAGAGGACGACCACAACAAGGACACCGACGCCCUCGUCCGCGAGUACCGUGAGCGACUCCGCGUCGCCGCCCUGACGGACGUCCACGGGGGAACGUUGAGGGACCCGACGUCCGUGACGGCCCGCAGGUCGGACCUAGCCGUGGCCGGCAUCAUCGUAUCUCUGUUCGUCUUAUCGGCGGCCAUGGAGCUCGGGUCCAGAUUAGACGGACACGCGGUGGCCUCGGCGUGCGCGGUGGUGUCCACUGUGAGCGCCGUUGUGGUGGCCUGUCUCCUGGUGCUACUCUCAAGGCAGCCCCAGGCGACGCCCGGAGGCGCGGCAGCGGGGCUCCUGGGAGGUGUCGAGACCUUCAGGGUGCCAAUGGUGCCCUGGCUACCGGCCAUCGGAGCCUUUCUAAGCAUCUGUCUGCUGGUGGACCUGCUCGUUUCCGCUUGGCUCGUGUUCCUCUGCUGGGUUGCACUGGGUGCGGGCGUGUACCUGCUGUACGGCAUCCACAGUUCCACGGCGGCGUCCGAGUUCCCGCUGGUGCCGUCCGCCAACGGCAACAUGGGCUCCCCGAGGCAGCCGUCGCCCAAGAUCUCGCUGCGUCCGAUGGCCAUGCAGCCCCGCAGCAUGUUCGUCUCGCACAUCGUCCCGUCGCACAGGAGCCACCCGGGCAGUCAGCGGAGGCUCGCCGAACUGGACACCGUCUUCGUUCAGCAUUGACUCGCCGCAAGAGGUUAGGAACCAGUCGCCGGAGCAUUGCCCGAAGUUGCAGUCCCACGGGCGAACCAAAUCGGCCCGCGUCAUUCCAGGGUUCGGGGCCAGCCACAUAGAACCAAGCGGGUCCACUCCCACCCAGAAGCAAUAAGUCGGACCAAAGGACAGCAUGCUUGUUCUGGCGUCCCGCCGGCGUGGACGCCAACUCAUCGUCUCCGCGCCUCUCAUCCUCGAGUUCAAAUAUCUGUGACAAGUUAUCAUGCUGUACUCACAGCGUGCACCAAGCCCGACUCCCAUUGAAGGCACGCUCGAUGAUGUUAUUUAAGAAAAGAAAGCAAAAAAGACGUUUUCUACUACGUCGACGGCGACUGGGAAUCUCGACGAGGUCCCGGGGUACGCUUGGCACCGUAGACGCACCAUACCAAUGCAAACAUAGACAAUCAGUGCAGAAGUACAGUGCUUGAAACUCUUUGCAGCGUGCGCCCUCCCGACUCGCUUCUAGCGUUGCCGAAUACCGCUAUAACAGACAAACCAAAUGGCGACCAUCCAAUUCGAGAGCUCGCAAGUAAAGCCCCUCUAUACUGAAAGUAACGCGAACCACUGUAGUUAGCUUUCCUCCUUUCGAACGCACUCGAACUCAAAUAUUUAUAACUCCCCUUCCGGCAGACGACGCCAUGUUUGAGCGUGGCGUGCUGGGAGGGAAAAGAAGUAGUGCCGCGUCGGGCGUUCGGCUAACACUCCCGUCAUCGCUGAUUGGAAGACGAGUCUCCACCGAAAGUUGACGUAGUACACUUGUCCAAUCCCUGCACUGCGUUCACCUCUCGAAGUGACUGAUCAUUCAGCACUACGGCCAAUUUAUUUAGGAGAUGUUGCUCGGUCAUGCUCAAAAAUGGCGUCAUCAUCCGGGAGCGGAAAGAAGGAGAGAAGGGUCACCCCCCCCCCCCCCCCACCCCUUUUUUUAGAGAGAAGGUUGGCGUAACUUUUUUGAAUGCAGGAGCUUUUCUUGCCAGCAGUAACAUAAACUGAGCUUGAGGGUGUGCUAUUGAACAAACAACCCUAAGUGGUUGAACAUCAGCGUUCCAAGAACUUGACUGUACCAUACUGAAAAUUGAUGAAAUCCUCCAUGGGAAAGCCGCAUGUCUUCUGUUCCGAAUCUCGAACGUGAAUCAUGUUUCUUCGCGUGAAGUACACGAACGAACUCACUCAAUGGUUGUUCUACAAGUUGUGUGUAUGCACAUUCGCGGAUGUGUGGUUGUGCGCACCUGCGGGCCCUUGGAGCAUUGUAACGACAUUAGGUGGUUUUCGGCGUAGCGUUACCGCAGGCUACCGUCGACACAGCAACGCUUCUUGCGCGCGCUGAAGAUUAUGCUUCGGAGAUGCAGCGCGAUCUUCCGGUAGCAAUGCCGCUCCGUACGGCAACGGUAUGCUAAAACUCUAUUACUACUCGCCACGGUAGUAUGUUCAACCCCACCAAACAUUCCCUCCAAAACAGGAUUUUUUUUUUUUUUUCGUUUUUUUCUGUACAGCUUUUGCGUCGCUAUGAUUUACUCCCAACGGAGCAGGCGGUCCGGCACUUCAUUGGAGUAUAUCCUAACGUCCACGACUGUGCGCCAUCAACACUGGCGUGAUUAUUCGCGUCUCUGUUCACCAUGACAAACUCACUCAACACCACUCAUGUUCCAGAACUGCAGACGCGAGAUAAUUGUUUGAGGUGUGCCUUCCUCGAUUUAAAGCUUCGUGCAUGCUAAGUCAACUUCAAAGCUAUAAGUUAACACCUCUCACGUUUACUGCACUGUCUCUCACUUUCUCUCUUUCUCUCUAUCUCGCUCUCUCUCUCUCUCUCGCUUUCUCUUUCUAUUUCUCUUCAGUGUGUUCAACCACGUGUGAUGUGCAAGUAUAUUUUUUGCAAGGUGGCCGAGAAGGAAAAAAAACGUUUUCGCAUGAGGAGGUUUGACUUCUCUUUAUAAACUAUAUUAUGUAUACGGUUGUUGAAGCCUUUUGUGGUUAGUGACGUGUUUCUUGUUUGCGUUAGCAGACAAUCCACCCCAAUGCACUUUCCCCCGUACCUAUGGGCCCUGGCUUGAUGCGAGAUGCAAGGAAAAGGAAGCUACCGAAGAGACUUCGAGGAAAGCGUCGCGUGUUAAUUAAUAAAUAGAAAACAGCAUCCGCCGGACUAAACAAAAGUGUCACUUAAAAAAAAAAAACUGACGCUCAUUAUUGGCAUCAUACCAAUGAAAACUGGUAGCACACGGGUGUAGAAGACUAGUGUGGGGUAAACUGUUUUCAUGUUUUAGUACUACCCCGCCAGGUUGUUGCGUGUGCUUGUCAGUUAAAUGUGCGCUCAGACGUUGCCAGGGUAGAAGUCGACUGCCAAGUCAUUCUGGCAUGCUAGUCAUGGUCUCACCAGCUCAGCCUAGUCAAGGAUUGCAUAAUCGUCUUCCAUGCAUGUUUUGUGCUCCGACGUUCUUGCCUCCUAAGUGAACAUAUCUCCUUUCUAACACCCGUCUAACCCUGACCUUAAGACGACACUUUGUAAGCGGUCAAGAGUGAGAACAGCGGCUGUCCACGGUAUUCCAUCCUUCCUGUACCUUUUACGCUGCAUUUAUUGUUUCGCUAACGGAUAAUGCACACCCUACCGUUGAAACUCCGUUCUUUUAACGAUGCCGCUCAAUUUCGUGUACUAACUGAGGCCGCAUUGUAAAACACUUUCGGCUGGUUCCCAUACAUACUUGCGUUUGACUGCGUCUGGGUGCGUUGCGUUUUCGUGCUGCAGCUUACGUCCAGAGAACGUACUGGCACGCUGGCGCCAUCUCUUAGGUAGCGCUAGAACCCUUUCGAUCAGCGUAUACAUUCUUAUCAUUUUGUAGGCAUCAUUCCUUCGCCGCAGACUCGAAAUAAUGCUGACAACGUUGUAGGCAAUUAUUUCUCAUAUACAGUAGGAAGAUGUAACCUCGCACAUAAUGGAAGAACUUCAGUCGAGUUACAUGCGCAUAUACCUGCGCUACGUGAUAGAUGGCGCCAGGUGCAAACAAGCCAUUAGUCGAAGCUGCGUCUUUAUUUAAAUUGGAAGUUUUAGGUGUUACUCGUUCCCGAAGCAACUGUAACCCAGAUAUACCUCCGUGAGAAUGCUGACGUUAAAGUUUGUUGUUGUUGUUUAUUAAGUUAUCUUGCCUAGUAAUACGACUCCGAAGACCACCGCAAUAAUCUGGCCAGACUGGUUGGUCGUCUUUGCACAGCUAGUUAGGAAAACGUGUUCGCUGCACUCGCAAAAAGACUCUCGCACAGCGUCUCGACAAAGAUACUCAUCGACCCUCGAGUCGUUCCCAAUAUCGAGCUCAGAACUCUCGGUGUCUUGCUUCUUUAUUUUUUUUUUUUUUUUUUAUAACGGAACCUUCUCUUCGAAUCGUAAGGUACCGUACCCAUCGUCCCUCGCAAUACUGCACCAACGAACAAUGAGUCCACCCAAAAAAAAAAAAAAAUACUGUAACAUUUUAGACACAACAAUAUAUUCCCCCACAGGCCAAUAUUAAAAAAAAAGGCCGUACAAAACUAUUUGCGUUAUCACGCGACAAUUUCCAUCUCUCUCUAUCUCUAUACUGCGUUUCACUCUGGGUCCGACCCCAGCCGGCGCUACGCCAUCCGAUGUAGCCAAUCAAGCACACUGUAUCCGCCGCGAUUCCGCGUUUUUUUUUUCCUGUGUAUGUGUGUGAUUGGUUUAGUAAGUGAUAGCUAGCAUACCCACAAAGGCAACGAGCCAACGAGGUAGACGGGCUUAGAACGAUAAACUGGCAACUGAAAGGGACCCCCUCCCCCCCCCCCUCCCCCGGCCGCCGCCAUGUUGCACAUUUUUAACCACUAGACACGUACCUUAUCGUUUUACGUCUAGAUUUCAACGAAAUACCGCGCACAGAGCAUUGCUUAUUGAUCUUUAAUAACAGUACCGACGAGAUAAGUUACGUUUCGUUCGUUUUAAGUUCAAAAUGUGCUUCUACGACAAAACCUCGGGCAGCUUCGCAAUGGCUCCGCUAGAUGCCGACAGCCGCGGUGCUGUAUUUUGGUUGGUGUUUUUAUCGGAGCUAGACACUGAUCUCUGGGGCUAGCAGUAUCGAAAAAUAGUUUAUCGUGUCUUUUUACAGCGAUCGCAAUACGAAUCUCGGCUCAGUUUUCCGUAAAAGCCUCACUAUUUGGUACGGUCACGUGUCUAGGGGUCAAAAUUGUACAACAUGGCGGCAGCCAAGUGGGGGUCACUUUCGUCUGGUGAACGGGAUACCAGUCUAUCGCUAUAAGCCACUCUACCUCGUUGCAACGGGCACAUUGACGAUGCACUUUUGGUGCUUUCUGAUUGGCUGCAUCUGAUUGUAGCGUCAACUGGGGUCGCACUUAGUAUAGCUACAUGAAUUAUAUCCGAAUACAUAAAAAAAAAAAGAAAAAAAAAUAUAUAUACGGUUUUUUCGACCGUUGAUAUACUAGUGAAUAAAAUGCAUACUGGAGCUUCGUCCGUAAACAAAACUCUCCAAGUUGCCGUUUGUAACAUUUAAAAAAACGCGGCACUGUUUUUGUUUGUUACACCGGGCCCCGGCAGAUGGAAUACAGUGCUUGUGUGUGGUGUUUUGUCUUUUGACCUGUGAUAGUGCCAAACAAAACUGUUAUAUACAAGCGGGCACACGUGGAAAAUAGUGCAUAUGAUGACAACGAUAUUCAGGAAGUGUCUGCUUUUUUGCCGUUGUUUCUAGUCGGGAAAGGUUGGAAUGUUUGAACACCCCCCUUCACCUUUGUAUUCAACAAAGUCGUUGACUACAUUGAUUCCAUAAAUAAUCAAAGUAUUUUUAACGGGAUUACGUGCGCAGCACCGAAAUAUGUGCUCACGGCUCGGUUUGCUUAUAUACUAUCUUGCACAGCACUGGCUUGUUUGGUAAAAAUGUCUGAGUUUUCA